AUGCCUGUCGCCAUGCAUCCACCAUCUACCUUACUCCUCCGCUCUCUUCGGACCUCUAUCUCCAAAACCUUUUUCACAACCCCAUCGUCAUACGGUUUGCUCCAGCCGGCGACACAAUGCCCUCUCAAGCGCAUACCACCCAGUAUCCGCACCUAUGCCAGUGAUAGAAACAAUGCCAAUUCCAGCAUUCGUGUCCAGCCUACCGCCCAACCUCGACCGCGCCGUACAACCCUAUCGUCAGCAGAUCUAAAGCCCAAAUCAAACUACCGUGGUCCACCACGCGAGGAAGCAGAUACAAAACACAUGACGGAUCUGAAUUCACUGGAUAUCCUGUCUGGUAUAGCUGUGCCUGCAACGGCUAUCGACGCCUGUCACCAUGACGGAUUCCAGUUGAACAACGGAGUGAGAAUUGCAGAUGGAAAUGGGUGUUUAUUGGUUGAUGGAGAAGUGUUUGUCUGGAGACCGUGGGAGGCAGGGAGUAGCGGUGCGGCAGGUAAGACGAAGAACUUUGUCAAUGAGAAAGGUCAAUGGGAGGUGCCGGAGGGUGCUUGGGGUGCUUUACGACUAUUGUGGCCGAAACCUGAUCUUUUGAUCCUGGGACUGGGCCCCACGAUGCGCCCCAUCUCGCCUGAGACAAGGAGACAUAUUAAUGAAUUAGGUAUAAGAGUCGAGGUUCAAGAUACGAGAAACGCAGCGGCGCAGUUCAAUCUGCUGGCAACAGAGAGAGGCGUCCAAGAAGUUGCAGCUGCCUUGAUACCUAUUGGGUAG